AUGAAAUACCAUAACAAGAGUAUAUGUGAUGGUCCAGCAUAUGACAAGAGUACUAUUGAUAUUCUAUCACAGGAUAAGAGUAUUUGUGUAUAUGUGAUGGUCCAGCACAUGACAAGAGUACUGUUGAUGUUCUACCACAUGACAAGAAGUACUGUUGAUGUUCCAUCACAUGACAAGAGUACUGUUGAUCGUCCAUCACAUGACAAGGGUACUGUUGAUCUUCCAUCACAUGACAAGGGUACUGUUGAUCUUCCAUCACAUGACAAGGGUACUGUUGAUCUUCCAUUACAUGACAAGAGUACUGUUGAUGUUCCAUCACAUGACAAGAGUACUGUUGAUGUUCCAUCACAUGACAAGAGUACUGUUGAUGUUCCAUCACAUGACAAGGGUACUGUUGAUCUUCCAUCACAUGACAAGAGUACUGUUGAUGUUCCAUUACAUGACAAGAGUACUGUUGAUGUUCCAUUAUAUGACAAGAGUACUGUUGAUGUUCCAUCACAUGACAAGAGUACUGUUGAUCGUCCAUCACAUGACAAGGGUACUGUUGAUGUUCCAUUAUAUGACAAGAGUACUGUUGAUGUUCCAUUAUAUGACAAGAGUACUGUUGAUGUUCCAUCACAUGACAAGAGUACUGUUGAUCGUCCAUCACAUGACAAGGGUACUGUUGAUCUUCCAUCACAUGACAAGGGUACUGUUGAUGUUCCAUUAUAUGACAAGAGUACUGUUGAUGUUUAA